AAAUAACUUAAUCCGUGAUCCUCCGAAAUGACACUCAAGGACAAUUAUUGGCGCGAUUUUAAAUUUACGCAGAAGCUUGGGCAAGGUACACAUGCAAGCGUGUACAAAAUGAUGAAUGUGCACACGGGCCAGCAUUUUGCUCUCAAGGAAAUUAACCUAUGUUGCCAGGAGGAUGUGCACAAUGAGUGCUUGCCCAGGCAUAUCACGCACAAGAAUAUAAUUAAGUACACCAAGCUGUUCAUGUCUGAACGGCCUGAGCAGCUGAAAGACGUUAUUACGGGUGAUAACGACGAACAGGCGUGUUCACUUGAUAUGGGCAAGCUGCGUGACCGUAUGAGUGCCUUAAAUGAGCACUCGAUUUUUAGCGAUAGCCUGGGGUCUUUGAAGGCUCAAGGAUGUGAGAAGCGGUUUUAUUACAUGGUGUGCGAUUACUGCGAGUUUACGUUGAGCGAAUUUAUAGCAAAAAGAAAUGAGCUGUUUUUCUACGGUAAGGAUCUGAAAGGAAUGCUUGAUGAACUGAGUGUUGACGCAAUUCAGGAUGAUAAAAAGCUACAGAGACGUGAAAAUGAUGUUGUUCUCAUCAAUCGUACAAAAGGAUAUUUGAAUGAGCAUCGCACAAACAACCGAUCAUGGCACCGCUAUUCGAAUGGAGAGCGUCGAAGUGUAGAAGAAUCAAACAGGGCAUUUUGCAAGACAGGCACAUUUCAUACAUCCGUUCACAAUGUAAAGAAGCCCAGUAGCGAACUCAAUGACAAAAACUUAUACGAGCCAGCUUUUGACACUGUAAAAAAACCAAACAACAAUGUAAAUAGCACUUUAGAACAAAAAGAACACCAAAACGUGAUUUAUUUCGAUACGGGUGAUUUGUUCACACAAGAAUACAAGAAGCGCUGCAACAGGUUCCUCAAAUGCUCUGCAAAUGUUUUGAUGUACCAAAACAAAUACUUUUAUCUGUACAACAGUUCCAUAAUAAAUUAUCAAAACAAAAAAUGUAUAAAUCGGCAUUUCAUAGCACUGCUGUUUAAAGACAUAGUACGAGGUAUCCUUUACCUGCACUCCAACAAUAUCUUUCACUGUGAUAUCAAAUCGAACAAUAUUCUGCUGAAACACGAGACGGUAUUAGUGCCCAAAAUAUCAGACUUUGGUCUACGAAGAGGUAUGAAGUGCAAGAACUGCCAUUAUAAGGAUGUUUAUGACUGUGGCAUACUUUAUUUUGAGAUGCUGUGUCCGGUCAAAACGGUGAUGGAAAUGGAUAUAUUGCGCACCCGAUUGAAGAAUACCGGAGAAUUGCCUGAGUGGUUUGUCGAUACGUAUGGGGAGGAAGCAGAGAUUAUAAAGCGAUGUAUGAGUAAGAGAAGGACUGGUGCUAUAGAUGCACGGCAUCUUUUCAAGCGGAUGAUUGAGUUGUGUAAAAGGAUAUGAGCAGCAAGAACGAUGUGUAUUAACUAAAAAUUUUAUUGGAACCUGACAAUCACAAAAAUGUAUAACAAAUAUUUCAAGCGAGA